UAACCACUUAGCUAACUCCUAGACCAUCCAAGUAUAGCCAAACCGGCUUUGGACUCCGACUCCACGUGAGCCGUCUUUAGCCAUCCCAUGGCGCGCUCUUCGCGGUGGCCAUGGCUGGCUUUGGCUGCCUUGGGCCUGGCUGUGGCCUUUGUAAACUCUCCGCGAAGUCGGGGCCCGAAAGGUGAGAGGCGUUCCAGAGUGGCGCGGGGCGCGCUGAAGUUCACCUACUUCCCACUCUGGGCCAAGGGCCCUGCCGCUGCCCUGGCGCUGCAGCACAGCGGCCUGGAGUGGGAAGGUGCCUUCCCCGAAGAUUGGAAAACGCUGAAGGGCACCACGCCCUUUCUGGAGUUGCCCGUGCUGGAGACGGAGGACGCUGGAACGAUUGGCCAUGAGCUGGCGAUCUUGCAAUACAUCGCCACGAAGUCUCAGAAGAUGGGGGGCGCCGUCAGGGAGAUGGCAAUCUCCAGCCAGCUCAUGUGCGAGGCUGAAGACAUUUAUCAGAAGCUCGCCAAGAUCAAGCAAGGGCUUAUCACAGGGGAAGAGGCGGCGGGCUUUUGGACGGAUGAGAAUGACCAGAUCCACAACAGGAACUUCGGACUAAAGGUUUAUCUCCGGCUGCUGGAGGCCUUCUACUCGAAAUGCGCAAAGGAGAGUGGUGAUGGUGUAAAGCUCGACGCCCUCGGAGGCCGUUUCACGUCGUCGGGUGUCUCGGUCGGGGAGUGCAAGCUCUUCUCCACGCUGCAUGCCUUGAAGCUCAUGAAGGAGGACGUGCUGAGCGGCUAUCCCAACCUCAGCAACUUCUAUGAGCGCUUCGCGAAGGAGGAGGCCACCCAGUCCGUUUUGAAGGACGGCGGUCAGAUGCCCGGCGCAUUCGGCCAGUACUUUCAGCUCUGAGAGAUGCCGGCGUGCGUUUUCGACCGGCCGGCAACCGAUUCUCUGACGAGAUGUGGUGUUUUGUUUUGGGGGACCCC